AUGGCCUUCUUGAUCGACGAUGUGCUGUACAAGCGCAGCCCCUCGGGAGUCAUGCAACACUGCAUCGCCAUCCCCGAGGGCAAGGAGCUGAUCUGGGAUAUCCACACAAGAGUAUGUGGCCACCACGCGGCGCCACGGACCCUCGUGGGCAAUGCGUUCAGGCAGGGCUUUUACUGGCCAACUGCAGUCGCCGACGCCACCGAGGUCGUACGGACCUGCGAGGGAUGCCAAUUCUACCCCGAGAAGAUGCAUCUCCCAGUGCACGCUCUGCAGAAAAUCCCCAUCACAUGGCCUUUCGCUGUGUGGGGAUUGGACCUCGUCAGGCCGCUGCAAAAAGUGCCCGGGGGCUUCACCCACUUGUUCGGGGUUUCGAAUUCGAUCAUCACUAACAAUGGCACCCAGUUCACAGGCAAGAAGUUCUUGGAAUUUUGCAAUGACUACCACAUACGCGUGGACUGGUCGGCGGUGGCGCAUCCAUAA